AUGGGAACUGUGGUUCCGGUUAAUCCAUUUCGUUGGAGCUGUUUGGUAGAUGUGUGGUUGCAGAGUUGCAGAAACGGGGCAAAGUUUAUUCUGAGUAUCUCGAGGCUUUCUAUUUCACAUGUCAGCCAGAGGUAUUCGGCCAGAUUCGGCACCCUCGCUCAUCUCCUCUCAUGGAUUCUCUUAUCUCCUCUCAAGAAGGAUACACAGAUCAAGCAGUUGAGAAGAGAAUUGGCUCAGUUGCUCGAGUCUGGGCAGACCCAGACUGCUCUGAUCCGGGUGGAGCAUGUAGUGAGACAAGAGAAGACAGUGGCUGCUUAUGAGCUCAUUGAUAUAUACUGUGAGCUUAUCGUUGUUCGUUUGGUUGUCAUUGACUCACAAAAGACGUGUCCUAAUGAUCUUAAGGAAGCUGUUGCGAGUGUCCUAUACGUUUCCAAAAGGUUAUCAGAUGUCGCGAAGUUAGCUGAUGUUGUUAAGCAUUUCUCUGCUAAGUAUGGCAAAGAUUUUGUUUCAGCUGCUGUUGGGUUGCAGUCAGAUUCUGGUGUGAGCCGCUUGUUGGUGGAUAAACUGUCGGUUAAAGCUCCUGAUGGUCCAACGAAGAACAAAACUUUGAAAGAGAUUGCUACGGAGCAUAAUGUAACAUGGGAACCAGAAUCUUUGGUUGAGCCUGAUCCAAAGGAGACUGUAUUGAUGAACAAAUCGUUUCUUCUGCCAAGAAGCAGUUACAGGGAAGAAGAAAAUCAAUCCACUACCAGGGCAGAGCUUUCUAAGAAAAAUGUUGAUGAACAAUCAGAAAAUGCUUCUUGGAAGAGAGGUCAUUCUCGAGAUAACUCAUUGGAGAAGAGGCAGAGUGAUUCCUUUGCUAAAGUAGGCAGAGCGAAGCAGCAACCAAUUAAAGAUGAUGUCAACGGUAGCUGUUCAGAAGAUGUUCAGCUGAAGAAACAGUCAAGCUUGGCUUCAUCGAGUUCACACACAAGCUAUGUUUCUGAUGACAAUAACGUCAUCUUUGAGGAUAAACGAUUCCAGAGCACUGUUGAAGAUACAAAGAGAAAGAGUCAUGGUCAUGAUGUUGCUCCGGUCAUGGUCACGGCUGAUAAAAGUAUAUUAUCAGUUUUUUUUAUGUUGCCUUAG